AUGUCAUCCAGUAACAAUUUGGGUGAUGUUUUCACUGGUGGCGCUACCACUUCUCAGCACGUUGAGGCUGAAGAUGAUGAUCAUUUCGAAAAUACUACUUUCAAAUUGAAAAGAACAAGGUCGCUUGGACUCCUCGAUGAAUUUAUUCAACCAUCAGAAGUUGAGAAUGCUAAGUCAGGAGAGGUGGAUUCUAAGGGAAAAUCGGAAAUAAGUUCGGGAAACAAGGCUUCACCCCUGGAUGGCAGCUCUAUCAACAAAGAAGGAUUAGAAGUUGAUAAUGAUGCUUUAGUUGACGACAAUGAAGAAGAUAGAGAAAGCUAUAAGGUACAAUCACCGGUUGCUCUAAAAAGCCCGGAAAUGUUACCUCAUGAUGAUACAGAUAUUCAAUACGAGCCAUCGAGACAUGUGGAUUAUCUCUCACAUCAAUGGGAUGUAUCUGAUAUAUCUAAGAGUUGGCGUUAUGUUAUUCAGAAGCGGAAAGACGUUGCUAAUUCAGCAAGACUAGAGAAUGCGAGUUGGAGAACAUGGGCUCAACGAAGGUCCAAUUUAAAGACAAUCAAUCCCGAAGUAGUCAAUUGGUCCAAGGAUAGUGAUGUCACUUGGUUGUAUGGGCCUAUUAUGAAGGAUGAGGAACAUGGAGAGGCGGAUGACGAAGAUAAUCAUAAGCGAAUCACUACUGCUACGAGUGCGGUUGCGGGGGAUAUUUCAAUACCAAACAAGCAAAAGAAAGGACCAAAACCAAUUUUGAAACGUAGAACGGUUCAAGAUAUGAUGAUUAGUCAUUCCAACUUAUUGAAGUUACAACUUGCGACGAAUAGAAUGCAUGAUAAACAGCGCCAAGAACAUGAAUCGCAAACCAGCAAAGAAAAUCAACCGCAUAACGAGAAUGAACCUCCUGAAUUUGAUGACUACGAUGCAAUUUCAGCUAAAUUGAAUUCUCAAUACAAAAAUAUAGAUUCUCAGAAUAAUAGCAUGGUUAAUUUACAGAAUUUAAACGAUGAUAAGAAAACAGAAUCAACAAGCAGUGAUCAAGCAACGAACAAAGAUACAAAUAAUCAAUCAAAUAAUACCUCAUCUGACAACACUACUGCGAAACCUUCUAAUAAUGAAGCGGUAUCGACUGGAACAAAUUCCACUAGUUCAUCAAGCCCUAUUCCUAAGAAAGAUCGUCGCAUCCACUUUAAUGAUGUGGUACAGCAAUGUAUUGCAGUAGAUGAAUAUUCGGAUGAAGAUGAUGACGAUUAUUAUGAUGAUGACGAGGAAGACUAUUAUUAUGAUGAUGAAGAGGAAGAUUAUAUGUACGAAACACCUCAUGAGGACCAAGAUGAUUCUGGAGAUGACGAGAAUGAAGACGACGAUGAUGAUGAAGGAGGAUUUUUCUUAAAAGUGAAAUCACCAUCUUCUCCCAAUGUACCAGUGCCAGGCUUGUCUUUGUCAGCGAAUAAGGAGAACAAUAAAAAUAGUAAUAAUGAUAAUACUGAAGAUACUGAUUCGAUCUCCACUACAAACAGUAAGUUUCAUAGAAGUAUUCAUUUAUUACCUUCCACGACAUUAAAUUGUGGUUCUUCAGACGAAGAAAGUGACGAUGAUAAUCCAUACACAUCAAGUUUAUCCCAUAAUGCGAACAAUAGGGGUUACGAUUAUUAUUAUGAUUACAAUACGGUUUAUACCUGUGAUCCCGAUCAUGCGAUCUAUGGAUUGAACGAUAAGAAUAAUAGUAAGACUCCUGAUGUUGUUGAUGUGCCAGACAAUAUUACGUUAGGUUCUAAUUUUGAUUAUGAAGUUAUUGAAAACGAAGAAUUCAAUAAUGACAAAAUGCCAAUAAUUGAUCCAUCAGUUAUCAACAGCAAUAACCUCAAUUACCCGAUCAGCAAUCAUAAUAAUAGUAAAUCCGUCUCUGAGUCUAAUGAUUCCGGCAACAAAGUUCAGAAUGCAGGCGUUGCCGCAAAUGAUAACAGUCAAGGGUUUGUGAAACCUACUAGUCCGGACGCUUCAAAUAUAAAGUCUUCGGCAUUCAGUUUCAGUAAUUCGGAUAGCGAAGAUGACUCUGAUGACUCUGAUGAUGGAUUGUCGAUUAGCACUAAAAAUUCAAGUCAAUCGUUGGCUCAACUGGUAUUUACUCACAACAUGACUCGUUCUUCAAACAAUGAUGAUGAGCACCAAUACCCUACUUACGAAAGCCAACCAGUUACAGCCCCAGUUUCCAGCAUUAACCCACGUCAUUCUUCAACUUCAAUUUCCAAACAGUCUACUUCAUCUAAUUCUUUAUCACAGCUGUUCUUUGGUGGGGGACUAACGAAGCAAGAUCAAAAUCAAAAUCAAGCACUAGCGCUGUCUUUUUUCGGUACAAAUGAUGGUCAAGAUGAGGAAAUUCAAGACCAAGGUGAAACUAUUUCAUCACUGGAUACUUCACAAUUACAAAGAACAUUAUCUAACACUCAGCGCAAAGCAUCCCCUCUACCACCACACACUACAUCUGCCAACGCCUUUCUGGGAAACACAACACCCCCAUUAGAGAGACAACCCAAAAAGACCUUUUCAUUUGAUUCAGGAAGUGAUUCUGAAGAAGAAGCGAACGAUGUUAUUGCGCCUCCCCGCGUCGAUAACUCAACUCCAAGCUACGCAUCUUUAUCCCAGGUCGCUGAUAAGAAUGGUAUAAGGAGUCCAUCGCCUGAUGUUAACAACAUCGGUAGUCCCCAAUUAAAUUCAAAUAACAGUAAUUCUUCUACGCAUGGAAACCAAAAUAAAAACAUAGUUGGUCAGGCAAAGGGCUUGGCAAAUCAUUUAUUGGGUAAUUGGAAAAAUAACGAAUAA